UUUGAACAGGGAAAUUUGAAAUCAAACAGGCUGCGUUUAAACGAAGUGUUAUCCUUCAGCGAGAACUUGCACUCCGUGUCUUGUUGACUUUGUUUUUUUGUGUUGGUUUAUUUUCCGCUAUUUAAAGCACAUCAACUACAAAGGUGUUGACUGUGUUUUGUUGGUAAAGCGUAUCGCACUUUAGCGUUCCCCGGCGUGUUACUUGUAGUAUUUGUAGCUCAAACAGAGGCUACCGUUAGCUGGUCGAUGUAGCUGCUAAAUAGCCUGGGUAGGAUUGCCUGCUUUAGAGCUGCUUUUAUUCUUGGUAACUGAGUCCUGUUGCUUUUGGAGCCUGUGCAAUAACACAUUUAGGAUAUGGCCUCUUCAGCGUCGCUCAGAGUGGGAAAGGCCACAAAACCCCAAAGGCCAGAAAUGAUGUCAAAUGGUGAUGGUCCGAAGCGGGUUCCCGUGUCUCACCAGUCUCAGGUCGUUCCGAAGGCUGUGGUCACGCCGACUCAGCAGCAGCGGGUUCUGGGCGCGUUGAACGGUCCGCAGCGUAUCCAGCGGCCCGUUAGUCAGCAGAAACCCGUAGCUCACCUCUCCGUAGUUGCCAAGCAGACUCCUGCUGGUGACCAGAAUGUAAACCCAGCUACUGUGAAAGUAACCGCUGCACCACAGCAUAACCAGCCAAAGAUGCACAUGCCCGGUGGAAACCCGGAUUCGGCUAAGCCUCCGUCGGAACCGGCCAAGCAGGAGAAGCUGCAAAACAAUCCUGCCAAGAACAGACAGGGGUCAUCCUCUAAGACACCAUGGAGCUUGGAAAAUUUUGACAUUGGCCGUCCUUUAGGAAAGGGCAAGUUUGGCAAUGUCUACCUGGCAAGAGAGCGACAAACCAAGUUCAUCUUGGCCCUGAAGGUGCUCUUCAAGAAGCAGCUGGAGAAGGCGGGGGUGGAGCACCAGCUGAGGAGAGAGGUGGAGAUCCAGUCUCAUCUAAGACACCCUAACAUCCUGCGCCUCUACGGCUAUUUCCACGAUGCUUCUCGUGUGUAUCUGAUCCUGGAGUACGCUCCCAGAGGAGAGCUGUACAGCGAGUUGCAGCGCUGCGGCAGAUUUCCUGAGGACAGAAGUGCGACGUACGUCAUGGAGCUGGCAGAUGCUCUCCAUUACUGUCAUACUAAGAAUGUGAUCCACAGAGACAUCAAACCAGAGAACCUGUUGCUGGGUGGUAACGGGGAGCUGAAGAUUGCUGAUUUUGGUUGGUCUGUUCACACGCCUUCUUCCAGGAGGUCCACUCUGUGUGGAACGCUGGACUACCUUCCUCCAGAGAUGAUCGAGGGCAAAACUCACGACGAGAAGGUGGACCUGUGGAGUCUGGGUGUCCUCUGCUAUGAGUUUCUUAUUGGAAAACCUCCGUUUGAAGCGAAGACUCACGACGAAACCUAUCGCAGGAUUUCUAGGGUGGAGUACAGUUACCCUCCAGAGGUUGACAUCAGUGCUGGAGCUAAAGACUUGGUGGCCAAGCUGCUGAAGCACAACCCCAUGCACAGACUGCCCAUUCAGGGAGUCCUAUCUCACCCCUGGGUGCUUGAAAAAUCAUCCAAGAAGCAAACAACGCUGAGCAGGGAAGAGUCCAGACAGUGAUGCACCCCCAACAGCUGGCUAGGUCCACUCAGAACCUCAACAUGCAGCUGAUCUUUCACAAUCUGCUACUACUGCCUUGACGUUGAAACAGUCAUAUCAAGUACCCCCCACCACCCGUUUUCCUGUCUGCAUAUACUUGAGCCCUAACAUGUUAUCGUCUCGUCUCAGAUUUCUUCUUAAAUGUGUUGUUUCGUCUGUAAAUAUUUCAGUUUUUCUGUAAUUAUGGGAAUUUUAUUAAGAUUUUGUUAAAUGCCUCAACGUGAAAUGUGGAAAUUAGGAGGAAACCAGGGAGUUCUUCGAUGAUAAAGUUAAUUGACUGUUUUAUCCAGAAGUGCCCAGGAGAGGGCGCUAAAGAAACACAAAAAAACUGAAGCCCGUCUGAGGUUUUAGUGGCUUUAAGUUUCUAUUCUGUGGAAAUAUUAGACCGUAAAUGACUGAUUGUCUACGUGAGUUAGUAUAUGUGGUUUAUUUUUAAAGAUAAAAUCCACAGAUGCAUUUUUUUGUCUUUUUUAACAAAUAAAAGCAAACUUGGUUAAUGAGAU